AUGCAGGUGAAUCUAAUACGACAGGUUUCUACAAAAGAAAAAGAACCUUUAAAUGUUAUAAAAUACAACUCAACUGGUAACUAUCUUCUGUGUGCCGGCAAUGAUCGAGUAGUCCGCCUUUUGAACUCCAAAACUGGCGCGUAUAUUAGAGAAUACAUGGCUCAUAGCUUUGAGAUUAUGGAUUUGGAUAUAGUCACGGAUAGUACUAGGUUUGCGAGUUGUGGAGGAGACCGCUUUGUUCAUGUUUGGGAUGUUUCCACCGGACAAGUAAUUAGGAAGUUUGGUAGCCACCUUGCUCGUGUCAAUACUGUGUGCUAUAAUCAAGAGUCCUCUAUUUUAGCUAGUGGAUCCUUCGAUUCUAAGGUGCGCCUAUGGGAUUGCAGAUCAAGUUCUAGUAUUCCUGUGCAAGUUUUAAACGAAGCCAAAGACAGCGUUUCGACAAUUGAUAUUAAAGAAGACAAAAUUAUUGCAGGAUCUACUGACGGAAACAUACGAACUUAUGAUAUACGUAACGGAAAAUUACUUACUGAUUCAUUUACAAAUCCGAUUACAUCAAUAUGGACAUCUAAAACAGGAGCUUUCGCUUUAAUCUCGAUACUACACAGUUCUAACCACCUAUUAGACUUGGAAAAUGGCGCUAUACUUAAAAGCUAUUCAGGAAAAAAAAACAUGAACUAUCGACUUAGAUCCUGCCUUGACUAUAUGGAACGCUAUGUCAUUAGUGGAAGUGAAGAUGGAAAGAUUUUGGUAUGGGACAUGGAAUCCGGUGAACAAUUAACGUCCAUAUCAACCCCAAAUAUGUCUAUUGUUAGUGAUAUAGUAUCUCAUCCUUCUUCAGAUUCUUUCGCUGCAACCACUACUCACGGUGAUGUCUUGGUUUACCAGUAUACGAAUACGUAG